AUGGAUGCUACAGCAGAAGAAGCUAACCUGCCUUGGGAGUUUAGUGUACAGUGGAUUGUAGCAAAUUUGAAUCUUUCCGAUGAGGAGGGCAGCGCGGUCGGCUACCCUGAGUGGUAUCCAGACCUAUUGCAGAAUCGGGAGAAGGUGGGUGCAGUGGCCCAAAAGACACAACUUCAAAGUGAGGUGGUACAGACUCCAGACUGUGAACAUUGUGGGCACCAAAUCCAGUAUGUGGUUGGGGGCCCAAGAGACCUUUUCUAUGUUCUUAGAACUGGUAUUGGGUGUUUCGCAAUGCUGUUUAUUACAUUGACAGCCUGUCUGAUGACUCUUAUUCAGUCUAUAGGGACUACGGACGUGACAAAUGGUCUUGCCUAUGUAAAUGAGAAGGCUGUACUGAAUUGCAAUGUAAACCUUUUGGAUAUUCCCAAUAAUGGUACUUUAGAUUUUUACUGGCAAAAAGAAAUAAAGCCCAUUCCUGCAGUCUUAUUUGAGUUAAAUGGUAAUGUAAAGAAUAUGGAAAAUAUUGAUGAGAUAUACAAGAAUCGCACUAUGAGUUUACAAUCAAACUGGAACCUCUAUUUAUACAACAUUACAGUAGAAGAUGAAGGUGAAUAUUCCUGUCAUAUCAAUAAAAAAAUAAAUACGUGGCGUGAGAAACAUCACAUGGGGACCUACAACUUAAAAGUAAUAGCCAACUUCACCACUCCAGAAAUAUUUCCUCCUCAAAAACAGAAAAUGAAGAAAGGGGAAGUCCUAAAUUUGACGUGUUUAAUCAAGCAUGGUUAUCCAAAUCCUAAAGAAUUAGGCUGGAUAUUAUUUAACAGUUCUGGACCAUAUGAGAUUUCAAGCAAUUCACGCACUGACAAAGAUGAGAAGACUAAAUUGCUUAGUAUUACCAGCCAACUAACAUUACAGGUUCAUGAAAAUAUGAACAUCACCUGCCGGAUACUAGAUGAAAACAACCAGGCUGCAGAGAUUGUUACAAUUGAACUUGAAAUUCCGACUACAAUAAAGCCACCAUCAAACAACGUAAUAAUCUGUAUUGCGAUUGUGAGCGUGGUGACUUUAACAGUUUUCAUAUUUUUAUUUAUAUGCAUGAAACGAAGGAAGAAAGUUUGUUGUCAAAGAAGAAAAAUUGCAGUCCCCUCAGCACCAGGGCAAAAUGAAGACAGACAGAUAAAUAGUAAUGAAGUUAAAGAAUUGCUUCAUGUGGACCAACACAAUGAUUUAUGAUGCCAAGUUCUGAGACAAACAUUCUUCUUCAGCAAAUCAAUUCAAUACAUUCGGCAAAAUGUUUUUCAUUUCUGUUGUGAGAGUGUUUAUAAAAUGACCAAUGAAGUGACAGCAUGGAUGUGUAAUCAAAAAUGGAAAUCUGCUUUAGAAGACAUUCUGUAUGAUUUUUGUUCUUUAACAAAAAAUAGGUAUUUUGUAAAUAUCCAUUUUAUAAAUGGGGGGCAAUGUAACAAUAGUUUCAAGUUCUUGAACAAUGACUACAAAGCUAUAAAAAAUGUUUUAAAGCCUAUUAUAUGAUUUUCAAAUUGGAAAAAGAACGAAUUUCAACUGACAGAUUUGCAAGGAAAAGCAGCUGACAAACUGAUGGAAGAUGGACUGUUCUCCUUUUUCUGCAUUCUGCACUUUAUAAAUGUGUGUACGCUUAAACUUCUGUAGCAUCUACAAGGGAGCUAUUAUUUAAGAGAAGCUUAAUUGGGGUAAAGUUAGUAUUAGAUACAAACAUUUAAGUUUCAUAAGCUUUGGACUUUUUUUUUCAUUGUUGAAAAAACAUUUUUUUUUACUUUCGUUACAAAUGUUAUUUAUUUUUAGAAAGUAGCUUGUAUGUUUAAUGAGUGCAUCUUUAAUAAAAAUAUUAAUGGGACAUUAAACACUUUGAGAUGGUAAUAUAAAAUGAUAAAUUGUAUGUAAACAAAACCUCUGCAAUAUACUUUAAUUGUUUCUUUUGUCCCAUUUUUCUGUAAUUCCAUUCUGAAAUUGGGAGCAUUUCAGUUCUUGUUAGAAAUUGAAGUGCAGAAAAUCGUUAUAUUCCACACAACAAUUGGCUGCACGCUAUAGUGACCUAUUUGUAACUGUCCCUAAUUGGCCACAGCAGAGAAGGUAACCUGUUACAACAUGGCAGCUUCCAUUAAUUGAUGGGGGGAGAUUUAUCAAGCAGCCGAUGUUGCUUGCUCCGCCAGAUGCUUCCGGCUUGUCGUAAGACCGCUGCUCCUUAACUCAUCAACCACCUCUGAGGUGGCGGACUGCAAUCAGCAUGAUCAGAUACGAUCAGGAUGAUUGACACCCCCUGCUAGGGGCCGAUUGGCCGCAAAUGUGCAGGGGGCAGCAUUGCACAAGCAUUUCACUAGAAGUGAUGUCCGCCCGAUAUUUAAUAAAUCUACCCCAUAGACACUAAAACUUUACACUUAUAUUGUCAAUAAUUUAACGGCUAAAGAAACUUUAAAAAAAUACAUCAACAUGUUAUUCUCAGACUUAUCUUUUAAUAAAAUGUAUAAUAUAAUAAAUAUAUAUCUGUAGGUUGUACCUCCUAUGUGUUGACUUGCAGGGGGACUGUUUUUUCCUGUCUCGUUGAACAUAUAGCCACACCCCUAAACAUGUCACUAGUAGACCACCAAGCUCCACCCACAGAAAACCCAACCUUUCUCAGCCAAUUAGAAUCUGUCUGCACUGCCUGAACCAUUAAGAAAGAGCAGAGCACACUUUAGAGUACAAUGCAGUGUCAACAUGCAUGCCCUGUCAUUCACUAAGAGAAAAUUGUACAUCAGGAAACUGGGAGUGUGCUCUAUACCACCACCUUAUCAAAAUAAUUUCUAGGGAUAUGGGCCAUCAAUGCAGUAAUUACAAAAGCACCAAUAAACGUGCAAUGUUUACCUUUUAUAGUGGUAUUAGCCUUGUUAUAAUCAGAUACAAAUGGUGCAUACACUGCUAUUUAAUGUAUACAUUGCAGAACAUAUUUAUAUUUAGUGCCCCUUUAAAAUGAAGUGAAAUGGGACCACAGAUUUUUCAUUGCAAGAAAAACAUUUCUUCCGAAUAUGUGUGGAAAUUCGUAACUACAACACUUACCCUAACACGCUCUGGAGAGCUCGCUAACCCGAUUCUCUUCUUGCCAGAGCCCAGACUGCACUAACAGGAGGCUUAGCGCGCUUGUAUAGGCUCCCAGGACCUGAAAUAAAGUUAGUGCAGUGAAGUUCGCUAAGCCUUCUGAUACCGCAGCCUGGGCUCUGGCCAGAAGAGGAUUGGGUUAGCGCACUCUCCAUAGCGCAUUAAGGUAAGUAUUGUACCACUAAAAAGAAAUUUGAAGAAAACUAAAUUUUGCUGGUGCAUUUAUUCAGAUAUUUAUUUUCAUUUACGAAAAUAAAUACCCGUUUUUCGUUACAAAUGUGCAAUCGUAACUAAACAAAUGCACAUCCCUAGCAACAAGAGAUUUGUCAUGUGACAAUACACACAUUUGCAUUUCAGUAAAUCUUUCCUGACAUCAUGAGAUACCAUUAUGUAAACUCACAAUAUAUUAAAGUCUGGGUGCUGAUAACUUAGCUGCACAGUAAAGCCUGUCAGAGCCUGUACAGGAAUUUUAGUAGCAUUUUCAUAAACAAACUGAUUAUUGGUUGGCAGUAAUAUGUGCAUCUAUAUUCUAGUAAUAAUGACACUUUACUAGAUUUAACAGAAAUUCAAAGCAAGGGACACGGGGGCAGAUGUCAUGAGGUCAGUUGAGUAACCUGCACAUAAGGGCACUAGAAUUAUAGUCUCAAUAUGCUAUCAAUUGGAAUUACUACAGCGUUUGGAUAGGAUCCAACUGUUGUUAAGAUAUUAUCACAAAAAGUGAAGUGAGUUAUCUCAAUAUACUAUUUUUUUUCUUUUUCAGCUAUUGCUCAAUGUCAUUGUUUUAAAAAUGUAAGCCAAAAUAAGAAUAGUGAGUUAUUGCAAUAUACAGUACGUUUUUUUUUUUCUUUUCUAAAAAUCGCUGAUUGUUUUUCAUUGUCAACAUAUUUACAAUAUUUGUCUUAAAGGGACGUUAUACUGUAAAAUUUGUUUCCCCUAAAUAUGUUCUCAAUGACUUGUUAUACCAGUUGCAGGGUAAUUAAUGUAUAUGAAAUUGUUCCUUCAUGUUUAUUUUGUUUGUAUUUGAAAUAGGUGAUUUUGCUCAUUAAACCUAUUACCUAUUGUUCUUGAGGACAUGCCCUUUUAAAUGGACUGAGCCUGCAGGAAUAGCAGCAAUACAAAAGAAAAAAAUCUAACUCUAAGAGCUGUUGGCUAAUCAUAUCUGUAGUGAAACCAGUCAUACAGUCUAAUAGAUUGUCUUACCGCAGUUCAUGGCUGAUGUAAAAGCUUUUAACUCACUGUGAGCUUGCUGUCCCGGCUCUGCUCUGUUGUCAGAGCCCUUUUGAUAAGGUGAGGUAGAAUGCUGUCACGGCUCAGCUCUGUCCUCAGAGCCCAUCCGAAGGAGUGUUAUUGUUAUAUGCAGGAAUAGCAGACCUGCUAAUGUUAUAUCUCUAUAUUCAAAAGCCAAUAGUUAGAAAUGAUAAACUUAAUUAUGGGUGUGAUGUUCAGUAAGCAAAAACAACUAUUUCAGAUACAGAAAUCUCUCCCCCCUUAGAGCUGUAUUUCUGCUGCUGAUUCUUGUUUUGCAAUGAUUAGAAAAUACUGCAGUACUCACAUUUGCAGUAUAGGUGGUGGUUUUAAUAGACAAAGGCAGCUAUUCCAGAUGAAAAAAUAAAGACAAUGGUAAAAUGGAUAAUUGAAAAUACAUUAAAGGGAAGACAUAUUUACAGUAUUUUUUUUUUUUUUUUACUUGUCUGUCAUUAUUUUCCUUUGAAUUGUUGUUUAAAGGGCCACUACAUUCAAAAUUCAAGUUUCAUGAUUCAGAUAGAUCAGGGGUUCUCAAACUUGGCCCUCCAGGAUUUGGAACUACAUUUGCCAUGAUGCUCAGCCAGCAUUUAUCUGGCUGAGCAUCAUGGGAAAUUUAGUUCCAAAACCUCUGGAGUACCAAGUUUGAGAACCCCUGAGAUACAGAAUGCAAAUUAAAAAAAAACCAACAACUUUCCAAUACACUUCCUUUAUAAAAAAAAAAAAAACCAUGCAUAUUAUUUUUAUAUGCACAAUUUCUGAGACUCCAGCUUCUACUGAGCAUUUGAAAAAGCACACAGUGUAUGCAUAUUGCAAUUGGCCGAUAGCUUUUACACGAUAAAGGGGGUGGGAAAAUUAGAUUUAAUUUAGCAUUUGCCAGAAAAUAUUCCACUACUCAUUUCAAAUUCAAAGUAAGUGCUAUAUUGUAUUGUCUUUUUAUUGUAUAUGUCUGUUAUUCAAUUCUAUUGAAUUUAGUGGCCCUUUAAAAUGUUAACGAUGCUUUGCUUUUCUAAUAUAUAUUAAAGUGUACACAUUAAUGAUA